CGCACCUCCGGGAACCUAAAGAACCUCGUUCUCGAACCGGAAGUUGGAGGGCCGAAUCUAGCUCCGGGAACGCUAGAGCGCCGGAAGUUGUGUGUUGGUGGUGGGGGUUUUUUCUUCUUUGGUUUGCAGUAGCUGUGCUUUGAAUUUAGAGACUGCGGCGACGAGUUCGUGGUCCACGCUGCUCCUGAGACUGCCAGGAUGUCUGCGAUUCCUGCAGAGGAGAGCGACCAGCUGCUGAUCCGACCCCUUGGUGCUGGGCAAGAAGUGGGAAGAUCAUGUAUUAUUCUGGAGUUCAAAGGAAGGAAAAUCAUGCUGGACUGUGGGAUCCACCCUGGCCUGGAAGGAAUGGAUGCCCUUCCUUACAUUGACCUUAUCGACCCAGCUGAGAUCGACCUUCUGUUGAUCAGUCAUUUCCAUUUGGAUCACUGUGGAGCCCUGCCCUGGUUCCUUCAGAAGACAAGUUUCAAAGGACGGACAUUUAUGACCCACGCCACAAAAGCUAUUUAUAGAUGGCUUCUCUCAGACUAUGUCAAAGUCAGUAUGGGAACUGAACCUGGAGCCUUGUAUGUCAUGGCAAAUGCCCUGUCCCUGACUAUAGCCUGUGCACUGUGACAUUAAGAAACAUUUUAUCCAUAUGUCACCUACAAUUUCAGCAACAUAUCGGCAGAUGACAUGCUGUACACUGAGACAGACUUGGAAGAAAGCAUGGACAAAAUCGAAACCAUCAAUUUUCAUGAAGUUAAGGAAGUUGCAGGAAUCAAGUUCUGGUGUUACCAUGCCGGCCACGUCCUGGGAGCAGCCAUGUUUAUGAUAGAGAUCGCUGGUGUGAAGCUUUUGUAUACAGGUGAUUUCUCAAGACAAGAAGACAGACACCUAAUGGCUGCUGAGAUUCCUAAUAUUAAGCCAGACAUCCUGAUCAUUGAGUCUACGUAUGGGACCCAUAUCCAUGAGAAGCGUGAAGAGCGAGAAGCAAGAUUCUGCAACACUGUGCACGACAUUGUCAACAGAGGGGGCAGAGGGCUCAUUCCUGUCUUUGCUCUCGGAAGAGCUCAGGAGCUGCUCCUGAUUCUAGAUGAGUACUGGCAGAACCACCCGGAGCUGCAUGACAUACCCAUUUACUACGCAUCGUCUCUGGCCAAGAAGUGCAUGGCCGUGUACCAGACCUACGUGAAUGCCAUGAACGACAAGAUCCGGAAGCAGAUCAACAUCAACAACCCCUUUGUUUUCAAGCACAUCAGCAACCUCAAGAGCAUGGAUCACUUUGAUGACAUUGGCCCCAGUGUUGUGAUGGCCUCACCAGGCAUGAUUCAAAACGGCUUAUCCAGAGAGCUGUUUGAAAGCUGGUGUACAGAUAAGAGGAAUGGCGUCAUCAUCGCGGGGUACUGUGUCGAAGGGACACUUGCCAAGCACAUCAUGUCUGAACCUGAAGAAAUCACGACCAUGUCUGGACAGAAGUUGCCACUGAAAAUGUCGGUUGAUUACAUUUCUUUCUCUGCUCACACAGAUUACCAGCAAACCAGUGAAUUUAUUCGUGCUCUGAAGCCACCUCACGUGAUUUUAGUCCAUGGGGAACAGAAUGAAAUGGCCAGGCUGAAAGCAGCGCUGAUCCGAGAAUAUGAAGAUAAUGAUGAAGUUCACAUCGAGGUUCACAAUCCUCGGAACACAGAGGCCGUGACCUUAAACUUCAGGGGAGAGAAGCUCGCCAAGGUCAUGGGCUUUUUGGCAGACAAGAAACCAGAACAGGGCCAGCGGGUCUCUGGAAUUCUUGUUAAAAGAAACUUUAAUUACCACAUACUCUCUCCCUGUGACCUCUCCAAUUACACUGACCUGGCCAUGAGCACUGUGAAACAGACCCAGGCCAUCCCGUACACCGGGCCCUUUUACCUGCUCUACUACCAGCUCCAGAAAUUGACGGGUGAUGUAGAAGAAUUAGAAAUUCAAGAAAAGCCUGCUCUGAAGGUGUUCAAAAGCAUCACUGUGGUGCAGGAGCCGGGCAUGGUGGUUCUGGAGUGGCUGGCGAACCCCUCUAACGACAUGUAUGCAGACACAGUGACCACCGUGAUAUUGGAAGUUCAGUCAAAUCCAAAGAUAAGGAAAGGUGCAGUACAGAAGGUCUCUAAGAAGCUAGAGAUGCACGUUUACAGCAAGAGGCUGGAGGUCAUGCUCCAGGACAUAUUUGGAGAAGACUGUGUCAGUGUGAAAGAUGACUCCGUCCUCAGUGUCACAGUGGACGGGAAAACAGCAAAUAUUAAUCUGGAGACUCGGGCUGUAGAAUGUGAAGAAGGAAGUGAAGAUGAUGAAUCCCUCCGAGAAAUGGUGGAACUGGCCGCCCAGAGACUGUACGAGGCUCUGACGCCGGUGCACUGACAGCCUUGCCUCCCAGACUCCCAGACUUUUUUACACUCAGCCAAGAGUUAACUUCUGUUCUUCAAAUAAAAUAACCUUAGUUUCUCCGGGGGUGCCUGUUUACUUUUGCAUCAGAUGGCUUGACUACUGCAGGACCACCAACUGAUGUGUCCUUUAUUCUCCAACUAAUCCUCAAGGGAGCCACUUCUGCCUGAGCACCACACUGAGUCUGCCUCCAGGCACUUUCCGCAGUGUAUGCUGAAAUCUUCAGCUCUCCGUCUGUCUUCCUCUGGUCUGUACUGGCAAAUCUGAGUUUUGAGUUGAAUGC